AUGGAGAAGAAGGUGGCUAUGGUGUUGGCAUUGAUGUUGCUUGUGUCGGGGUUGGUCUCGGCUGAGGAAGCAGCACCAACGAUCGGACAGAGGAUAGACUCAGCCACCACCGACGCCACCAACUUCUUCAACAAACAUGCUCGUCCUGCCGUCGAUACCGUCAAAUCUGUCUACAAUUGGUUUGGUGAUAUAGCUAAGCAAUGGGGCCUGUAA